GCACUACAUCUGCGUUGAUCCAGCACCUCGUUGGCUUGGGACUCGUCAUCCGGGAUAUGAUUGUAUAGUUACCACUGCUGCAAGUCUUAAAUGUCCCUUUAUAUACACACAGACCAUGUUUAGUCGCGCCGUUCUGCCAUUGGCAAGGGCCUCAGCCUUUCGACUGCCCGUUGCUUCUAGGCCAGGCCUGCUUCGGUCCUACGCCCAGAACAACAAGCCGAAGACGCCCUACGUGCUUCCUGGGCAGCAGGCAAAGAAACAGCAGGCCAAGAAGGAGACGAAAAAGGAGCAAAAGAAACCCGCAUCAGACAGGCCCGUCGCCCCGAGUCCGACGAAGGGUCCAGUGUCUGCCGAAAGCCGUGCACCGCAGUCUCAAGAUGCUCCUCGGGAUGCUUCUUCAGAGCCAGCGCCCAAAGAACCCUCGCCUCAACCCGACAUCUCCCCGGAACAGCCCGAGUUUGACACCACCGCCCAGCCGAAACAACCCCAGAAACCUCUCCCAGAUCUGACCCAGGGUAUUCCAUCUACAUUAGGAGCGGAACUGGAUGCUGCGCGCAAGGGCCGUCCAUCGACUUCUCUCAAUCUGACGGAGGAUCCGUCCCACCAUGAAGAAUACGAAGAAGAAGCCUCUGGUAGAUCUAACAGUGACUACGAAUCGUCCUUGGAUCGUCGAAGAGCACGCGUUGCCAAUGUGAUGUAUGCGAUCUUCCUCGGUGCCGGUGUUGCGGGAACACUGUACUUGGGACGCAAUUGGGAUUCAGAGGAAGAAGCCAGGGCCCACAAGGAUGCUCCAUCUGGAUGGGGCAUCGGCCUUUUCUGGGACCGCAUCAAGGCUCGCUUGGACGGCCUCACCAGCUACUACAAGGACCCUGCCUUUGAGAAACUGCUCCCCGAUGAGGAUCCCUCACAAAGGCAACCUUAUACAUUGGUGUUGAGCUUGGAAGAUCUUUUGGUCCACAGCGAAUGGACCAGGGAACAUGGUUGGCGAGUUGCCAAACGGCCUGGUGUCGAUUACUUCUUGCGCUAUCUAAAUCAGUACUAUGAGCUAGUUCUUUUCACCAGUGUUCCCAGCAUGAUGGCAGAUCAAGUCCUGCGGAAACUAGACCCCUAUCGUAUCAUCCGAUGGCCCCUUUUCCGCGAGGCAACAAAAUAUAAGGAUGGAGAAUACGUGAAGGAUCUAUCAUACUUGAACCGCGAUCUUUCCAAAGUUAUCCUCGUCGACACCGUCCCCGGUCACGCUCGUGAACAGCCAGAGAACGCAAUCAUCCUUCCCAAAUGGAAGGGAGACUCCAAAGACAAGUCCCUUGUUGCCUUGAUUCCAUUCCUGGAAUACGUAGCUGGAAUGAACGUGGAAGACGUCCGCCCAGUCAUUAAAUCCUUUGAAGGGACAUACAUACCCGUCGAAUUUGCUGCGCGAGAGAAGAAGAUGCGCGAAAAGUUCCAACAGCAACUAGAAGAAGAAAAGAAGAGCCGUCCUCACCGCGGCGUUGGCGGAUUCGCUGCUCUACUGGGUCUCAAACCACAAAGCACCCUCGACGGUCAAAGCUCUACCGCCGACAGCCUCGAACAAGGCAAAAUGCUCUGGGACCAGAUCCGAGAGCGCGGCCAAAAGAACUACGAAAUGAUGGAACAAGAGAUCCGCGAGAACGGGGAAACAUGGCUGAAGAUGAUGGCCGAAGAGGAAGAGAAAGCUCGCGAAGAACAAAUGAAGAGCAUGCGCGGCAGCUUCACCAGCUUCUUCGGUGCCAACGAUGCCGGCAAUGAGAAGAAAUGAUAAAAAGAAAAUAACAAUCUAAACAACACAUCCCCUCUCGAGAAACUAACCACAUCAAAUUGUCAAUACUUUUUUGUCAUUGACAAGCCAUUUAUUCUUUAAUCAUGUGUUUCUACCAUUGUUCACCCUUCUUGUAUGUGCUUUUCUCUUUCCUUUUACGGUGCAGUGCAUUCAUAGGGGGUUUGUUGUAAUCUCCGGGUUUAUUCGAGAUUUGCAUCUAUUGUGUUGUUAUUAGUUUUCAUAGACCCGACCUACCUUCUCCCACCAUCAGUUGACGCAAAUUAGGUGUUUUAAAAAUGUACAGUAGCGGGUGUGAGAUUGAAUAUGACA